AUGGAAAGGAUCUUCAACGCCAAGAGGUGUCCAGAUGAGAACAGGUUGGCAUUCACGGAAUAUUUGUUGACUGGGGAGGCCAGCCACUGGUGGGCGAGCAUGAAGACCAUCCUGACCGACGCUCAUGCCCCCAUCACUUGGGAAGUUUUCAGGAACAAAUUUUACGAAGAGUAUUUCCCAGACAGUGUUCGCUACGCCAAGGAAGUGGAGUUUCUUCAGUUGGUACAAGGGGGAAAGUCAGUAUCGGAAUACACCAACACUUUCAAGCAGUUAUUGCGGUUCAACACUAUGGCCACGAGUGAAGAGUGGCAGUGUAGGAAGUUUGAAAAUGGGUUAAGGAGCGACCUGAAGGUGUUGAUCUCCAGUUUGUGUAUUCGGUCAUUUCCUGCCAUGGUGGAGAGAGCCAAAGUACUGGAGAAGAACAUGGCAGAGGUGGAACGACAAAAGAAGCAGCAACAGGGAGUUAGAGGACCGAUCGUAUCCAGGGGAAAUGCUAAUGUGAGAAGCACUCCUUACACUCGUCCAGGUCAAUCAUCCAAUGCAAGUGGAUCUCGAGCGCUGGUCACUACCGGACAGUCUGGGCAGCAAGGAAACGUUACUUGUUUCCAGUGUGGAGGACCACACUACCGUUCAUCUUGCCCACAGCUGAUGGGAGGUAAAUUCUGCACUCGAUGUAGAAGAAAUGUGCAUUUGGAGAGUGAGUGUAACAUGGGUGGGCGCGCUGUGAUGAGACCACCGAAUGCUGGGAGGAAUCAAACAAGAGGAGGUGGACGAGCCCAAGCUGUCGGGCGUGUGUAUGCUUUGACUGGUGCGGAGGCAGCAAGCUCAGAUUGUGGUGAUAAGAGGUUAGUUUUCCCUGAAGAUGGUGAAGAAGAAUUGUCUGUAACGCUCGGUCAGUUGAAGGAAGACAUAAUGGAAGGGGCCAGCUGUUUCCUGAUUAUGACACACGAAGAUCAGGAAUUCAGAAGUUUGGAACAAGAACGGUCGUCCAGUAGCUACACUAAAGGACGAUCGGUAGUAGAUGAAUUCCUGGACGUUUUUCCGGAAGAAAUACCUGGGCUUCCCCCUCCUCGUGAAGUUGAAUUCACCAUUGAUUUGGUGACGACGGCAGCGCCCAUCUCAGUUCAGCCUUAUAGGAUGUCGCCUGCGGAAUUGACUGAGCUUAAGACGCAGAUUGAAGAGCUGAUGGACAAACAGUUCAUCAGGCCGAGCGUAUCACCCUGGGGAGCGCCUGUUCUGUUGGUAAAGAAGAAAGAUGGCAGCUCUCGACUAUGCAUUGACUAUAGACAAUUGAACAAGCUGACCAUCAAGAACAAAUAUCCCCUGCCUCGAAUUGACGACCUGUUAGAUCAGUUACAUGGUGCGAGCGUGUUUUCAAAGAUAGAUUUGAGAUCAGGUUACCACCAGAUUCGAGUCAAAGAAGAAGACAUCCAGAAGACUGCUUUCAGGUCUCGUUACGGACACUACGAGUACGUAGUGAUGCCGUUCGGUGUGACGAACGCACCAGCAAUCUUCAUGGAUUAUAUGAAUCGGAUAUUCAGACUUUAUUUGGACAAGUUUGUGGUCGUCUUCAUAGAUGAUAUUCUCAUCUAUUCCAAGACCUUGGACGAACAUGAGGAACAUCUUAGAAUCGUACUUGGAGUGUUACGAGAGAAGGAGUUAUAUGCCAAAUUAACUAAAUGUGAAUUCUAG